AUGAUGGAAGAGGCUGACCAGACAACUUCCUCGUUCAACGCUAUGGGAAUACGUGAGCGCUUCCUUGCAGCUGUUGAGCGGGCGCGUGCUCAAGACUUCACUAACCUGGUCGAGGAGUUACAAAUAAUUCACGAGCUAACUUCUCUGAGGGAUCGGCCAGACACAAUAGUGGUUGUUGAUGAGGAUGAACCCUCAAACUCACCAUCUGUAUUAUCACAAUCAAGGCAUCGAUCAACACCUAGAAGUACAAGCGUUACUCCUACCGGAGAUGAUACAAGUAAUAAUGAAACUGAUGCACCAUCUCCUGACGGACCUCGAGAAAGACCUGAGUUUACCAGGCUUUCAGCCCGUCAGAGACAGGAGUUUCCAAGAUUACAACAAGCUCAGAUAUUUGCUAAACAUCGAUUAUUUUUUAUAGGUGUUGGGACAGUUUUCAACGUCUUGUCUUUCAAAACUGACCCCGUCUUAGAGAAAACAUUUUUUAUGACAUUUUGUGCUGUACUUAUCGCUCAUCUUUUUAUAAAAGUCGUCUCUAUCCAAGUUAAAAUUCUGGUUGCAGCCUUUCCGUCUUGCCUUGUUGCAAGUAAACGCCAGCGUCGGUUUUUUCAGUGGCUGGAGUACAGUUCGCAAGUUUAUCAAUACAGUACAGUUAUCCCCCAGUGGUGUUGCUUUUUUAUAUAUGCUGGAGAUAGCAAUAUAACACGAUACAGUGGUUACUGUUUUGCGUUUGUGUAUGUGCUGUUUAAGGCGUUUUGUUUCAUUGAACUGGGAAAAUGCUGGCUUAACAGCACACGUUACGUUCAUCGCCUUGUUUCGGUUGGGACUAAACCUAGCCCUGCAGACAUUGAUUAUCAACAGCGGUGCGCCAUCUGUUUUGCUAAUUAUGAUACUCCGAUAGAAUUAUCUUGUCGACAUAUCUUUUGUGAAGAAUGUAUCAGCACUUGGCUGGACAAGGAGCAUAGUUGCCCACUUUGUAGGGCUAUUGUUACAAAGGAAGACAAUUUUUGGAAAAGCGGGGACACUUGUUUAUUACCCCAGGUAUUCUAGUA